AUGGCUUCUGCCGGAUUCUAUUAUACAAGUAUAGGUGAUACAGUCCGUUGUGAUACUUGUGAAUUAGAAGUAUCUGGAUGGGCGUUAGAUAUGAAGCCAUUUGCUAUUCAUGCACAACGCAGCCCCAAAUGUGCAUUUGUUCGCUCAAUUCUAUUUGAUGAUAUGACUCCUAAAUCAUUAACGAUAAAUCUUCGUGAAAUGAAUUCGGUGUUAAUAAAUGAUGAAAAGUCAUCUAAACAUCAAAAAAUUGAAGCAACACAAGUUAUUUGUCAGCCACAUAGAUUUAUCGAAAUUGACAAAAUAAAGCAAAUACGAAAACGAACUUUUUCACAUUGGUCACAUCGAACAUCACCUUCAAGUCAACAAAUGAUUGAAGCUGGUUUCUUCAAUUGUAAUGUUGAUGGUCGUGUCAUUUGUUUAUGUUGUAAUCUUAUUUGUCAAAAAUGGACACCACAUACAGAUGAUCCAUGUCAAAUACAUAAAACACUUUCUCCUAAAUGUCCAUAUGCUAUUUCAAUGUUAGAGAAUCAAUCAAUAUCAUCAGUUCAUAUCAUUAAUGAACAGGUCAUGAUAGAUACCCCUAUAGUGACAACAAAUAAUAAUACAUGUCAGAGUAAUAAGAUUGUUGACCCUCCUAUAUGCCAUACAAAUUAUAUUGAAAUCCCUAUGCGUCAUGCUUCUUUUGCUACAUGGUCGAAUGAAAAUUUACCGUCUGUUGAUGAUCUGGUGAAGGCUGGGUUUUUUUGUACUGGCAAUACAAUUAUUGUGACAUGUUUUUAUUGUAAUGGAUCAUUACAGAACUUCGGAGCAAACGAAAAUCCAAUCGUUGAACAUAUUCGAUGGUUUCCACAUUGUGCAUUUGCUAAAGAGUUGUGUGGUCCAGAGCUGUAUCAAGAAAUUCAACAAGUUGAAGGAAAUGAUGAUUUUGCUGAUGAUUCCGAUCUUCUAGUAGCUUGCAUGAUUCUUCAAAAACAAAUUGAACGUAUUGAUAAUAAGAAAGAAAAGAUUAUUAUUCCGAAUAUAAAAAUGAACGAGAUUCGUCUACGAGAACAAACAGGUAUUUGUAGUUCAACUUAUAUAUGA